AUGGAUCAUAUGGGCUUUCAGGUGCCAGGCAUGGCACCGCCUAUUAUGAAUCAGCCACCACAGAUCUUUGGCGGUUAUGAUGGUCUACCACAGUUGCCCCCUGAGCUCGCCGCUCAAAUGUUUCCCGACUCAGCAAUGCUACUCGACGACUCCAAUGAUCCAAAGAGGAGGAGAAUUGCUAGGGCUUGCGACAUGUGUCGGAAGAAGAAGAUCAAGUGCGACGGCAAGAUGCCUGCUUGCACCCAUUGCAUCAACUACAAGACAGAAUGCGUCUUUACUCAAGUUGAGAAGAAACGCGCUCCUCCCAAAGGCGCCAAGUAUAUCGAAGGACUUGAGAACCGAUUGAAUCGGAUGGAACACUUGCUACGGCUAUCUGGCCUUCUGGACGAAGAGGAUGGUGAUCUCGGAGCUCUGGAGAAGAAGUUGAUGGAAAGAAACCAAAAGUCACGGCAAGCCUCAAUGGCCACUGCAUCUUCGCCCGCUUCACCAUCCCAGACCGCCUCUGUUCCUUCUGCUAUUGAUGGAACAGGAUCGACACCUCAAAGUUCACUGACCUCACCGAACCCUGCUAUGAGGGAAGACAAACGCAAGUCAGUGACACCAGCUCCCGAUGACGCCAACCCUGAGGAUCAGGAAGAAGUCGAGGCGCUUUCCGAAAUGAUGUGUUCACUGGUUACCAAUACGUAUGGUGAGACAAGAUACAUCGGCUCUUCCUCAGGUUUCUCUAUCUUCUCGCCCAAAGGAAUCUCCUGGGUAAAUGCCAAGACGGGUGACAACUCGUUCCAGCGAACCAUCUCGGAUGUGUCUGUGGAUGACCAUAAAUGGACAAACUGGAAGCCCGAAGUCUUUGGUGAUCUAUUCCAACGACCUAUCUUCCGGCCUCUGCCCUCGAAGCCCGAGGCGUUGUCUCUGCUCAAGGACUUCUUCGAGAACUUUAACUGCAUCUUCCCCCUUUUCCACCAGCCGACCUUUAUGCACCUGGUGGAACGGCAGUACUCUUCUGAUCCAUACAAUGGAUCCGGCUGGUGGGCUAGUCUCAAUUGCGCGCUCGCGAUUGCCCACCGCUUGCGUGUUAUGAGCAAUCUCGUGCCCCAGGAGGAGGAUGACAAGGCAUGGGGCUAUCUCAAGAACGCACUGGGUGUGUUCCCCGAGUUGACCAUGCGCAACACGGAUCUCCUCAGUGUGCAGGCACUUCUUGGUAUGGCGCUAUUCAUGCAGGGAACGCCCAACCCUCAGCCAACGUUCCUCUUGAUCGCUGCGGCGAUGCGUCUGGCGCAGAGUAUCGGUCUGCACAAACGCGGAACUGGAUUCAACCUCAAUCCAAUCGAGAUUGAGCAGCGCAAGAGAGUCUUCUGGAUUGCUUACAUGCUCGACAAGGACCUGUGUCUCCGUGCCGGCCGUCCACCGGCACAGGACGACGAUGACAUGAAUGUCGAGCUUCCAGAUGCUGACCCCGAGGACAACAUUGGCAACAUUCCCCUGGCUGACGGCAAGGGCAAGAUGAACCUUUUCCGCGUCAUGUGCGAGUUUGCCACGAUCGAGAGCGAGGUCUAUAAGCGGCUGUAUUCGGUGCAGGCCACAAAGCAAUCUGAUGGCGAGCUCCUCAAUACAAUUGGCGAGCUCGAUCAGAAGCUGGAGGACUGGAAGGACCGUAUUCCGAUCGACUACCGACCCGAACAUGAGAUCAAGGCCUCGCAUACCCCCUUGAUUCUCCACGUUGUCAUGGUGCACCUCACCUAUUACAACUGCCUGACGACGAUCCAUCGUAUGUCGGUUCAUCACGGGUACUGGACUAGCCGCCUGUCCAACUAUGCUAUUCAGGGUCUCAAUGCCAAACCGCUCAACCCACGUGUCUUUUCCUCAGCAGCCCUCUGUACGGCUGCGGCACGAGCAUCUGUCUCGUUGCUCAAAUACGUCCCACAGGGCGACUUUUCCUGUGUCUGGCUCAUUCUAUACUUCCCCGUUUCUGCGUUAGUAACCCUAUUCGGCAAUAUCCUCCAGAACCCUCUCGACCCACGAGCAAAGUCAGACACUCGCCUGAUGAACAUGGUGGUGACGUUCCUCUCCAUGCUUGGACAGGAGGCUGAGCAGGGCGGUGUCCAUCGUAUGCUCGGAAUCUGUGCCGAGUUCGAGCGAAUAGCCAAGGCUGUUAUCGAAAAGGCUGAGAAGGAUCAAUCUUCUCGCCGGAAACGCAAGAACCAGGACACGACGAGGUCAUCGCCCAAUCCUACCGCCGCCACGGCCAAGGCGACACCAUCCACCGGCGCGGAAGCGACUCCGCCUAUGUCGGGGUCUUCUAUUGGCGAUAGGAGGUCAUCACAGGCCCAACUAUCACCGCCGCAGAAUGGUGAUCACAGGUCGUCAUUCUCUAUGAAUACCCCUAUGAACUACCCUUCGCCGGCAGGAUCAGCUGGCUGGCCUCAGGAGUUCCCUGUGCCUCAACCUGGACAGAAUGGCGACUUUGACUCGUUCAUGAAUGGAAAUGGAAGCAUGCAGUCACCGCCAGGGCCACCAGCAGGCGGGUUCCAGCAACCUCUACUCCCGCAGGAUCUCUUCUCCCUGCCCAUGAAUUUGGACUGGAGUUGGGCAGAGAUGACGACAGGUGCAUACCCGACAGUUGAGAAUGGCAACUUUGGCGAGGAGGGACAAGUGCCGCAGCAAUAA